AUGUUUGUUAGUAAUUCAAAUGCAGUCGAGAGUACUUCAUCAUAUUCAUGUUACAAUCAUCUAAAUAGAUUUGAAAAUAAGGAAUUUAAAUGCAUUUUACCAAUGGUUGAUGGUAUAGCACUUUGUAAUUCUGAUGAUCAAUGUGAAGGAUUUAUGAUUAACACAGAUGAAAAUUGGCAAAAGAAGUUUUUCAGUAAUGGAAUGCAAACGGUACAAUUGUUCGGAAAAGGUGUUACAUAUACGCCAAGUGAAACAUGGCGUAGUUUCAAAAAACAACAUUAA